CAACAUAAACAGAAAUGGCGGAGGCAGCAGCGGCGUCUACGGCGGCUUCAUCAGUAACAGGAGGUUGGACCAAACACGUAACCUGCCGAUACUUCAUGCAUGGUCUUUGCAAAGAAGGAGACAACUGUCGAUACUCUCAUGACCUUUCCAGCAGCAAGCCUGCAGCCAUGAUAUGCAAGUUCUUUCAGAAGGGAAACUGUGUGUUUGGAGACCGUUGCAGAUUUGAACACAGUAAACCUGAAAAGAAAGAGGAGCUGCCAACCACCCAGACGCUGCCGCUGCCUUCUGUCUCACAGGCCGGCCCAUCAGAACCUGAACCCAGUGGGCUAACACCUGGAUCAGGACAGGACUGGGUCAACGCUGCAGAGUUUGUUCCAGGACAGCCGUACUGUGGACGAGCUGAGCCGGUGAAGGGGGACAGUUCUGUCCCUCUCAUUGAAGAGGUGGACAGCGAUUCAGCCGUGGACAACAAAGACUUAAGGAAGCAGCUGUGUCCGUAUGCUGCUGUCGGAGAGUGUCGCUACGGGAUCAACUGCGCCUAUCUCCACGGAGACGUGUGUGACAUGUGUGGCCUUCAGGUCCUCCACCCGACAGACAACAGCCAGCGCUCAGAGCACACCAAGGCCUGCAUCGAAGCCCACGAGAAAGACAUGGAGAUCUCCUUUGCCAUCCAGCGCAGUAAGGACAUGAUGUGUGGCGUCUGUAUGGAGGUGGUGUUUGAAAAGUCCAACCCAAGUGAGCGCCGCUUUGGUAUCUUGUCCAACUGUAGCCACUGUUACUGUCUGAAAUGCAUCCGCAAGUGGAGGAGUGCCAAGCAGUUUGAGAGCAAAAUCAUCAAGUCUUGUCCAGAGUGUCGAAUCACAUCUAACUUUGUCAUCCCGAGCGAGUACUGGGUGGAAGAUAAGGAGGACAAGCAGAAACUGAUCCAGAAAUACAAGGAUGGCAUGGGGACCAAAGCGUGUCGAUACUUCGACGAGGGACGUGGAACGUGUCCUUUCGGCUCAAACUGCUUCUACAAACACGCCUUCCCCGACGGCCGCCUGGAGGAAGCUCAACCACAGCGACGACAGACCGGCUCCACCAGCAGGAACCGGAACUCGCGGCGGACGCCUCUGUGGGACAUCUUCGACGAGCGGGAGAGCACGGACUCGUUCGACACGGAGGACGAGGAGAUGGUGACGUUCGAGCUGAGCGAGAUGCUCCUCAUGCUGCUGGCUGCAGGAACCGACGACGAGGUGACAGAUUCAGAGGACGAAUGGGACUUGUUUCACGAGGAGCUCGACGAUUUCUAUGAGAUUUACCUAUAGCGCUCUGACCCCCUAAGCCCCUCCCCCCUAAUAUAUACUAGACACUAGAAUGGACUGUCUUGUGUGAGUGAUGGACAGUAGCUUCCCCCUGUAUCGUGGCAGUGCCUUUAAGCAGGCCAUUAUUAAAUAAAGGAACUUAUAAAAGCUAAAAAAGAAGAAUCCCCUCAGUGCACUCGUGCUAAACAUUUUAUAGCCCUCUGUCCUCGUGAGUCUCCUGUGUUUAUGUUAAAUGAGGAAAUAAAACUCAGUAUAAAGUUUAACAUAAAUAACCCUGAUCGGAUAUAUAAUAAACAUUGUCAAGUUUGUGGGCGUGGGUUUGACUUGUUUCUUACCGAUCCAGAUGUUUGUACAGAUUUGAGACUUGUUUACUGUAACUGGUGAUCAGCAUUGUCGAAGGUUUUACACACUGUUUCUGAAGGCCGGAACUUCUCUGUUUAUAAAAGCUGCUCAGAGCCAAUAUAUAUUGUGCUGAUAUUAAAUAAAUUGACCAUAUCCACUUUUAUGUUGUGCAUAAAAAGUAUCCAGUGCUCCAA